AGCAGGACGGAAGGCGGCUUGUAGAAUUCUUGAAUAACGGGAGCAUCUCAGUUGCGCAACCAACCUAUCCGUGCUUAUGACCUUGCCAAAGUAGUACCAUCAUGGCUUGCGCAGUUAGGAAGACCAGCCUGUGUAUUAGAGGCAUUAAACCUCUGUGUCUGAACUCCCUCUUGUCUCGAGGACUGGUGGUGGCGAGCAGAAAGAGAUGGGAUGAAGAACCGCACAGACUCGCGACAGUGAGACGUUCCGUCACAACCCACUCAGCAGCUGCUUUGGUCUCCAAGGCUGCAUCCACGCACUGGACGAGUGAAAGAGUAGUCAGCGUCGUGUUACUGGGAAUGGCCCCCGCAGCUUACCUGUACCCGGGCGCAGUGUUGGACUUCUCCGUUGCAACAGCACUUACUCUCCAUGGUCACUGGGGGGUCGGCCAGGUAGUAACAGACUAUGUCCACGGUGACCUGAAGAUCAAGCUGGCCAAAAGCGUUCUGUUUGUCACUUCCAUGGUGACCUUCGCUGGUCUGUGCUACUUCAACUACAACGAUGUGGGCCUCUGCAGAGCAGUGGCCAUGCUCUGGGGUCUGUAGGCAUGACUGACGGAGGAAAUAACAUUAUUCACUGCCUGGACCAAUAUACCUGGACCUGUGUUCAGACUCAAGGGAAGGGGGGGAGGGGUAAUAUUGUUUGCAAUGUCUGUAUGUUUUGUUUCAAAAUUGCCCUCAAAUAAUGCACAGUAUGUGCCAAUAACAAAGCUUUGAGCAUCUGUGUACAUAUAAUAUAUAGAAUAAUCAAUUUUUGAAAUCUAGAUAUAAUAAUCAAUUUUGUUCUUGUCGAGACACGCUUGCAUCUGUCAAAAAGCGGGGGAAGUGCACAUAUUGUAGAUUAGUUUCCUGUAUAGGCCUGUAGUUAAGGUAAAGAAGUGGAGAUUAUCAAGCAUUUCCUUUGUUGAGUUUGUAGUGACACUGAUUGCUGUCAACCUGUGAACAAAAAUAACUUUGGCGUCUGAUCAUGCUGCUUCUGAAUGAUAAUUAUUUAUGUAAAUAAUAAAAGAUGAAUGAAGGAAUUUCUAAAACCAAAUACAGGCCAUGCAUGAAUCAGAUCUGAAUCACUUUACUGUUGCCUCAAUGUCAAAUAAAAAUGUAGUCAUUG